UUGCCUUGCCAUUUUGGCCAUCUUUUCAACCAAUGCGCACUCGACGUUCAAAUUGGUAUAGCUUGAUUGGUUGAAAGUCGCUGGUAAUUGAUGAAAAUGAUGGUGACGGCAUGGUACAUGGACGCCGGGACAUGGGCUCCGACGCCGGAGGUCUGGAGCACCCUCUUGGCCUACCUCCCGCCGGGCGAGAGAGAGAAGGUCGAGCGUUUUCGCUUUGCGAAGGACCAGAAAUUCGCACUCGUGAGCCGACUGCUCCAACGCCAUGUCGUGCACACUGCGUUCAAGACGCCGUUCGACGCCAUCCACCUCGAACGCACGCCGCAUGGCAAACCGUUUUGGCCGGCCUGUCCGAGCCCCACGUGGAACUACAACGUCUCGCACCAAGGCAGUCUGGUUGCGAUCGCGUCAGCUGAGAACGUGCGCAUCGGCGUCGACGUGGUGUGCGUCACAGACAAGCCAUCGCACGUCACGACGGAGAGCUUCUUGGCCACGUUCACCACGUUCUUUGGGCCGCGCGAGUGGGCGCAGAUCCACGCGUCGGUUGACCCGCUCCGUUGCUUCUUUCAUCUGUGGAGUCUCAAAGAGGCGUACGUCAAGGCGCUCGGCGUCGGCGUCGGCUUUGACCUCUUGCGCGCGCAGUUUGACUGCACCAACGUGGAUGCGACGACGCUGUUCGUGGACGACGUGGCGUCGCGGACGUGGCAAUUUUCUACGACGGCGCUUGACGCGACGCACAUUGCAACGAUCGCACUCGAAGUGCCAGUGGACCAGCCGAGAGCCUCAAUUGUAUGGCAGCAGCUACCCAUAUCGGCGCUCCUUCGAUCCACGUAGUGCCAUUUCUUUGCAGCCCAAUCUUCAAGCACGACUCUGCAUGGCUCUGCUGUUGGCACCGAGUCGCCACGUGUUCUUGGAGGCGAGCUAACAGAAGCUAACAGGAGGACACGCUACCACAGCCGAUGUCUUCGCAGAACCG